AUGGCGCUGCUACUCCUCUUCCUCUUGAUCCAAGCUCCCUUCCAUGCUCAAGCAUCCGAAAACAUCACAUUAGGGUCCACGCUGACACCUCAAGGCCUAAACACCUCGUGGAUUUCAUCCUCCGGUGAAUUCGCGUUUGGCUUCCGCUCCCUCGAGAGCAACCCCGCUGUCUACCUCCUCGCCAUCUGGUUUAACAAGAUCGCCACCAAAACUGUUGUUUGGUACGAGCACACCAACACAACAGUACCAGCUGGCUCCCAGCUGCAGCUCACACCUGGUGGCGUGCUUUCGCUCCAGGACCCUGCCGGUGAAUUGAUAUGGAAUCCCAGGGUGACCAACGUCGACCAUGCCAGCAUGCUCGACACCGGCAAUUUCGUGCUGUUUGGCAAAGAUGGCUCCAUCAAAUGGGAGAGCUUUGCAUCCCCAACUGACACCAUCCUCCCCUCCCAGGUGCUGCCUAAAGGGGCAGUUCUACACAGUCGGCUGAUGGACAACGACUACUCGGAUGGAAGGUUUGUUCUUAGCGUAGAGCUUGAUGGCAACCUAAGGUUUUACACCUUGGCUGUUUCCUCCAGUUCCCACUAUGAUCCUCCAUAUUGGGAUUCUCACACAGGUGGAAAUGGUUCAAGCCUUGUGUUCAACACAACUGGCACCGUCUACUACACUUUAAAUUCUGGCCAACCAAUCAAAAUUACGUCAGAAAAUCUGGACUCACCGGCAGACUACUACAAACGUGCCACACUUGACGCAGAUGGCGUGUUCCGGCAAUAUGUGUACCCCAGGAAGGCAGCACAGACCAGUGUAUUGAACACGGAGUGGAGAGUUAUGGACUAUCUCCCACAGAAUUUCUGCAAGGUUAUCUCGGCAGAGAUUGGAAGUGGUGUCUGUGGGUUCAACAGCUACUGCAGCUUCAACCCAAACAAGAGUGUGGAAUGUGAGUGCCCACCGAACUACUCAUUCAUCGAUAAUGAGAGGAAGUACAAAGGUUGCAAGCCAGAAUUCGCUCCACAUAGCUGUGACUUGGAUGAUACUGAAUCUAUGCAACAAUUCAGCCUACUUCCAAUGAUCAAUAUCAAUUGGCCUUUUGGCGACUAUGAGCGGUACAACCCCAUUGGUGAGGAUUAUUGCCAAAAACUUUGCUUAACUGAUUGCUUUUGUGUCGCUGCGGUGCACUAUAACAGUACUUGUUGGAAAAAGAGGAGCCCCUUGUCCAAUGGAAUGUCCGGAUCUGUCCUGGUUAUUGUUUUCCUCAUCUCCGUUAUGUGUUUUGGAUCUUACCGCGUUAUUAGCCGAAAGAAGUCAACUCAGGUACAAUCAAUAAAUUAUGAGGCGUUGCCUCUUAGAGCAUUCACAUACAAGGAGAUUGAGCAGGCGACAGAUGGAUUUCGUGAAGAGCUGGGCAGUGGUGCAUCUGGUAUCGUAUACAAGGGCCAGUUGCAAGAUGAGUUUGGGACUGGCAUUGCAGUCAAGAGGAUUGAUAAGAUGCUCGCAGAGACUGAGAAGGAGUUUGCCAUUGAGGUCCAAACAAUCGGAAGGACCUUCCACAGAAACUUGGUGCGGUUGCUCGGUUUCUGCGUUGCAGGAAGAGAGAGGCUUCUAGUGUAUGAGUUGAUGACCAAUGGCUCACUUAAUGGAUUCCUUUUCUGUGGUACAAGGCCAACCUGGAAUCUCCGCGUUCAAGUCGCACUUGGGGUGGCAAGAGGCCUGCUCUACUUGCAUGAGGAAUGCAACAGUCAAAUAAUCCAUUGUGACAUAAAGCCCCAAAACAUCCUUCUUGAUGAGAAUCUCGUGGCAAAGAUCUCAGACUUUGGCCUAGCAAAGUUGCUCAGGAAAAAUCAGACACAGACGAACACGGGCAUCAGAGGAACUCGAGGGUACGUCGCACCCGAGUGGUUCAAAAACAUAGGGAUCACAUCCAAGGUGGACAUUUACAGUUUUGGGGUGAUCUUGCUGGAGAUUGUGAGUUGCAGACGGAAUGUGGAGCUAGAGAUAGCAGAUGAGGAACAAGCAGUACUGACAUAUUGGGCAAACGACUGCUACAGAAGUGGGCGGCUUGACUUGUUAGUGAAGGGCGACGACGAGGCAAUCUUCAACAUAAACAAGGUGGAACGCUUCGUCGCCGUGGCAUUGUGGUGUCUCCAGGAGGAGCCGACAAUGCGGCCUACCAUGCUGAAAGUGACACAGAUGCUCGAUGGAUCCGUCACAAUCCCCACUCCCCCUGACCCAUCUUCGUUCAUCAGCUCACUCCAGUAGAAGAGCCUGUUUUUAUAUGCAAGUUGCGGUUUAAAAUAAGAGUAUACUGGACAUAUAUUGCUACGGAAAAUAGUAAAU